AAUUCGUGUAGGCACUAGUUUUUACAAAAGCGACUAGGCCUAGUUGGGAUUAGUCCGGUUUCCUCAUAUUGUUUUCCUUCACCGAAAAGCAAACUGGUAAAUAUCAAAUAUUUCGUACAUAAGUUCCGAAAACUCAUUGCUACGAGCCAGGCUUUAAACCCGCGACCUCCGGAUUACAAGUCGCACGCUCUUGCCGCUAGGCCACCAGCGCUCCUGGUAAUUGAAUUUAAUAAUAUUUUAAAACUUAUUUUUUACAUGUAAAAGUGGCCUACUUGCCGAAAAUGAUCUUACUUUUUCAUAUUAUGUUUACUACACUUGGAAUGUAAACUGAAGAAUGACAUAAACGUUCCUAAUUUCCUUUAGUCUUACACCUAGUUCACAUUACUAGCUGUGUUCAGUUCGGCAUUCCAAGAAGUCCAAGAACCACACCAACAAUUACGCCUCAUGAUAGUCUUAUAACUUAUAUCUGAGGCAUAAGAUUCAAAUUCAUUUGCGUAGUUUUAAACUUACAUAUAUUGGUAUACAUGAGCUCAUUCGAUACGUUAAUGUAAUGGGGGUCCAAUUACAUGUUUAUAUCCGUUUGCUUACAUAUUUCAAGUUCACAAGACGCGUUCAUCAGUCGAGUGUUGUCCUGAAUCACGAUGGGUGGUUUAAUGACAAAAUAUAUCAAAAAAGAAAGGAAAGCCACUGAUCAAAAAAUUGUGUCCCGAUUGGACCAGCAAAGAAAUAACUUGAUAACGUAUCAGAAGGAAAUUGAGCAUACUCUUGAAAUUGAUCGACAGCAUGCAAAGCAGCUACUUCAUGAAGGAAAAUGUGAGGAAGCGAAGACAGUUCUAAGGAAGAGACGACACCGUGAGCGACAAUUACGAAAUUCUAACGCCCAGCUAGAUAUAUUAGAUCAGAUAACUAACGAUUUCCAGUUUGUGUGCUCACUAAAACAGGUGUCCCAGUCUGGAGAGAACAAAAUCCAACGUGGCAAGUGGAGAUCCAUCAUAAAAAGGAAAUUAAAAAAAACACAACAUAAUACCAAUUCACGUAAGAAACUCGGAAAGGCCGUUGUCGAGGACAUUGAAAUUCAGGUCCUCAACGCUUUUAGUAAAAAGGAAAGAAAAACUCAAAAAGUAUAUUAUGCUAAAGCAAGAAAUGGAAUUCAAAAGCAGAAAGAAAUUGAUGAAGCUAUGAUGCGUUCUUUUAAAUUAGAAACGGGUGACGAAGAGGCUGUACAUGAAGAGCUGGAAGCCAUUUUGAAUGACAGCUACCAAUUGCCGGACAUCGAUCAAGACGUUAGUCAAGUAGAACCGCCUCAUGGAUCUAUCGACGUUACUGCCGAGAUUGUUGUUAGUGCUUAGUGAUCAUCUUUCGUCUCGGCGAAUGACUACCUUUAACCUCCUGAAAAAGGGUUGUCAUUCUGUGAUGUCGAUAACAUAUAGAUCGUAUCAUUCACGAAGACGCGUGCUUUGACUCGUAAUAUUAUGUUAUUUAAAGAUUAGAUUUGACAAAUACGCGCGUCAUCGUGAAUGACACACUAUAGAUUUUGAUGCAUUGGAUGAAUUGAAGAAGGUAUUGAACAGAAUAAGAAAACG